ACUCUCCUCCAUUCCUUUGUGAAAUUCCAAACAAAUCUGAUAAUUUCAGCUGGAAUUGACAAUGUAUGCCGCCCACAGUCCAGCAACCGCAUUCUUUACACACUACACCACAAGCCUAUGUCAACCAAAACUGAAAAUACCGGCAGCAUUCGUUGUGAACUUCGGAGCAAGAGGUGGAGAGAGGUGCAGCAUGGAAAGGAGAGGAGAGGUGACGACUUGGGAGGUGCGAAUUGCAGAAGCAAACGGAGAAUUCUUCUUCGAAGAGGGUUGGAUUAAUUUUGUGGAGGAUAACAAUAUAGAGGAGCGCGACGUGUUGAUCUUUUCGUAUGUGGAGCCGGCUCGUGUAUUUGUUCAAAUCUUCGGCACAAAUCGUUGUGCAAAAAGAAUUCGAAACACACCAGGAUAUCCCUCUGAAAUUCAGAAAAGAUUGUCUCGCAAGAACCCAACCAACAAUGCCCUUUGAAAAUGAAGCAUUAUGUAAUUUAAUCAGCCUUUUAUUAGUAGUAACUAAUCAGCUUUUGUAAUAUCUUAUCUAAUCAGCUUUUGUAAGAUAGACUGCCUUCAAAUUUGUAACCAGACUUUCCAUGAAGCUUUUGUGUGAUGGACUCUUUAAAGAACAGCUUUUGAUUUAAA